UUGAAACCGGCGAAACAAGAGGACGUGAGCGCGGACCGUCGGCCUUUUUGCCGGCUAACACACCUUUCGAACGACGCGUAACGGUGGCCGGGCCAUAAAAUCGCCAUAAUCACGGGCAAUUCGAGCGCGGCGUGCCAAUUAUGCGAGGCUGAGAACUAGCCAGAAAAAAGAAAGAAAUAAUUAAAAGGGGGCCCAAUAAACCAGUUAAAUUAAACUAGUUUGUGAGUGCGUGUGAAAAGGCCAAGGAAUUUGGCCGAAAACAGACAAUAGCAAAGGAGGCUGUAACUGCGGAGGAUUCAAGUCCAGAAGUUGUCCGACCAGUUUUUUCGGGCCUCUGUGUGCGUGUGUGUGUUUGGCUUAUUUGGAUUACCUUUGGUUUUUUUGUUUCGGUGACGUCGGUGUCUUGGGAAAACGGAGCGAAUGAGGAGGAGCAGGUAGUGACCAGCAGAGCGAUUCCCAGCGAGAGAUGCCCUUCGUCCAGCGCGUGGUGCAGCCCGUCAAUGUGGCCCAGGCGACGGCGGCCAGUUUGGGCCACGCCUCCGGCCGAUUCCACUGUACGCCGGGCAAGUGCCGGAACAACAACUGCAUCAACAAGCAGUCGCCGGAGGUCGGGGAGGUGCUCAAUGGCCAUGGAUCGCCCACCUCGCUGACGCGGGUCCUGGUCCACCAGGCGGCGGGUCAGGAGGAUGAGCAGCCCGUGCCGCCCGCGCCGGCGCCCAUGAAGAAGCUGAAGCAGCACGUCGAGUUCCUCUCCACCUCGCCCACUCGCCACCAAUCGCAAUCCCUGCCCAACUCGCGGCAUCCCAGCCAGCAGCGGCCAGCGCUAGCCAGGAUCGCCAGUGCCCCCCAGUCGCCCACCGCCGGCUCCUCGAAGGUCAUCUCCGGCCACGAGUUCGACUCGAUCAGCAACAUCACUCUGAGCAACGCCCUGCGGCAGUUGGCCAGCCUGGUCCUGAUCGCCAGCGACAUCUUCGACGACCUGCAGCGGGAUCUGCAGGCGGUGGGCGAGCGGGCGGGGCGGGUGCAGCGGAAGAUUGUCGCCGUGGAGCGACGCGUCUGUGCCUUCGAUCCGAAAACGGUCACAGUUCCUGAAAGCGACCUGCUAACCUUUGCACAGCGCAAGGAUCACUACGAGACGGACAAGUCAUUCCAGCAGGAGCUCUUCACGGGCGAAACGCGACCUCUGAGUGUCCGGAAACUCUACACGGAGGCUGGAAAGGAGCUGCCGGUGGCCACUGGAGCCACGGCGGUGGCCCUCGCCUCCUUGGCCCACUCGCAAUCUCUGAUCCCGACCCGCUCCAUCUCCUUCAACGGCGAAGUGCUGUCCAGCGACAACGAAGUCCUACAGUUGAACGGAUCCUCGGCAACGGAGGAUCACUUGCUGUGCGUGUCGGACUUUGGUAAUGCCAACCGAAAGCUGCGCACGCGCAUCGAUGCCGAGAUCGAAAUCCGUUUGCCCGCCGCCAUCGAGGAUCUGCGGAAGUGGACGUCCAGCGAGGCGCUGGGUGACGUCACCGUCACGCCGGAUUGCAUGCACCACGUGGACACCUCGGUCAGCACCUCGCUGGUCAUCGGCGAGAACGGCAUCCUGACUCCGGCCCUGUCUCCAUCCGUCCUCUCCGCCGACGCCGUCGAUGCCCUCUACGCCCAGAAUCUGAGCCAGGCGGCCGACAGCUCCCGGCACAACCACCAUCCACAGGCCCUCAUCCCGAACGAUAUCAAUAAAGAUGUGCCUUUGAACCAUCGCUUGCCUUCACCCGAGGAACAAACCAAACAGAUUGCCUUAAAAUACCCCGCCGAAUUGAUUUCGGUGAACACCAGCGGGAAGCACUUCCAGCGGAUGUGUGCGGCUCGGAAGUCCACCAGCGGAGGAUAUGCGGGCGGAACCACGGCCGGAUCCUCGAGCAGCACCUCGCCGGAGAACGCCGGCCAGGCGGAGGGCAACAACCUGGACGACAACGUGCAGACGGUCAGCCGGAGGUCAAGGUCGCGGAAGGUGCGCGGCAAGCGGCGGAACACGAUAGCCGGAAUCGACCAGAAGGAGAUCCAGGAUGCGGCCAAUGGCAAUGGGGAGUCGAAGAAUGCCUCGAAUGCCACUUCGCCGGUGGCGCAGGUUCACCAGGCGGAGUCCUCCUCUGCGGAUGCCAAGAAGUCCAAGAAAUUCGGACGCAGCAAGUCCAGCGACAUCUUAAAAAAGGAAUCUGCUGCCUUGCCCUACGACAAGGGGAAGAACACGCUGACCCGGUUGAAUUCCCUGAAGCAGUGGGGCCGGAAUCGCUUCAAGUUCAUGCAGCGCACCGGGGAGCUGGGCGACCAGCUGGACACCAGUGGCUGCAGCUCGCAGAACAGUUCCGCGGAAAAGGCGGACAGCCACCAUGGCUCGCCGGGAUCGGGCGAGACGCCCAAGCGGGACAUCGACGACGAGUGCGUGGUGCAUCACCUGGUGGCCCAGAAGAGUGAAUCUCGGUUUUCGCACGAACGAAAGCCCUCGUAUUCCUCUUCGGAGAAGAGCAUGAGUGUGUCCAGCAGUGGCCAACUCCGGGGCAGACUGCAGCUCUCCUCCGGACCGCUGGCGGCGGCCCAUGUCAAGAUGCGGGAAACGGCCACGUUGAACAGGCAGCGGCGGAAUGGCCUGCAUGCUCUCGCCGGCAAGGAGGAGCAGCCCCACUCCUCGAGCGGCAACUGGAGUGCCAGCUCGGAGUCGGGACGCGCCUCCAUUGGCAGCGAGAUCACCAUGCAGCCCAAGUCGAGUGCCUCGAGCACCUCGUUGAAUGUGUCCAGUUUCCAGCCGGGAGGAGCGGGCAGUGGUCCCCCGUCUUCGAUGUUGAGCAGAAGGCGCUUCCUGAACACCUCCGCCUCGAGCAGUGUGACCAGUGAGGGCACUGCCACCCCGGAACUCCAGGCGGAGGCGGGUGCGUAUCCAGGUCACCUGGACGAUGAGACCAGUUCCGCUUACAGCUGCGACACCGAGGGAUACUACACCUCCUUCCACAUGGACAGCGGACUGCGCACUCUGAAGGAGGAGGAGCCUUCUCCCUUGCCGGGAACCCCACAGCAGGCCAGUCUGCACACCAGCAGCUACUCCUUCGGCAGCCAGUCCAACCAGACGGUGCUCAAUGCGGAGAGCGAGUACGAGCUGUUCGGCAGGGGAUCCACCUCCACCACCACCAGUUCGGCGGGCACCGUGUGCACGGCUCUGAUGAGCGGAGCGGCCGCUGGACCGGAUGUGCCCGAGCGGAGCAGCUCGCUGGGCAAGCACAGUGGCCAGAGCAGGAGCCAGAGCACCAGUGCCAGCAGCAGCACGCUGGAGAGGAGCUACAGCAGCAGCACCAUCGGGAGCACCUUGGAGCGCACGGGUACGAUCAAGAGGAACGUGAAGAUGUCGCCGGCCAAGGGAGAAAUGCCGGAGAAGGAGGGCCAGCAGGAGCAGGACCAGCAGCAGCAGCUGGAGUUCUCCGAGAGCUCCGACCUGGAGGGCGUGGAACGCAUCGAGAGGAUCAAACAGAAGACGGCCAUCAGCUCCAAGAGGAUUCCCUCCAUGUGCAUCAUUACACCGACAACCAGCGACGACGAUGAGCACCAGGCCAAUGACCCGAACCGAACGCUCACCAGUCUGACCAUUGAGGUGGACCAGGAGCCGGAGGAGGACGAGCCGGAGCAGAAGACGCCCACCAACAGCAAGGACCACAACCUCAACGAGCUUAAGCAGACGCCCACGAAGGCGCUCAGCGGCAUGUUUGAGAAGCUCCGGGUGAAACUGGUUCCGGGCAAAAGCUCCCCCGCGAAGAACCAGAUCCAACCGAAGCCCGCCAACGCGAGCGCCGUGAAUGACGACGAGCUUUACGAUUUUGCCGGCGAGUACGUCACUAUAGCAGACAUCAGCAACAACAACAACAAUAACAUUAACAACGGCAACCGAAGGCCCACGGGAAUGGGUAUAUACUAUUCCAAUGACAUAGUUUCCAAGAGGGUUGAACCCACGUCCGAGUACGUUUCGCUGAACGAGCUGCCGCAGCACUUGCGUCGGCAUGCGGUCUCAUCGCCGCCGGAGAGCGAGUCCUGCGCACAACAACAGUUACGGGCACAGGAGCAGCUGCCAGGAGCCGAGCAGCCGGCAGCUGCCGCCCAACCGAGCGCCCAGCCACCCCUAAGCGGCAGGAUGAGCGGCCAGGGCGAGGGGGUGCCGAUGUACGCGGAAAUCGGCGAGCUAAACGAGGAGAAGUCGCUCGCAUCGCAGGCGAGUCGUCGACUGCGCCCGAACGCCGAGGGGAAGCUGGUCUACGACUCCGACAGUCUGAAGCGGCGCAAGGGCGCACACACCACCUUCGCACCUGGGCCGUACGUGAAGGAAACCGAAAGUGCGCUCCACAGUGCAGAAAGUGCAGCGACGGCGGCAGCAUCAGCGGAUUCGGGAAUCACUACUGGAACAACAACUAAGAGCGCCAAGCUUUUACUACUCAGCGGAGGCGGACUAAUCGCUGGCAAUCGCAAGGUGGCCAAUGUGAGGCCCAUUGUGGCCAAAUCACCGCUCAGCAGGAACACCGGCGGCAUGGCCGCGUAUCAGGCAGCCAGCAGCUACCAGGAUCAGAAGCAACUGCUGGCCAACCGAACGAAUCCCUUCUACGAAACGAUUGCCGCACCCGUGGCCAACUUGAUGAUGCCCUCGCCGUCGGGGAAGUCGAACUCCUCGACGGGCUCGACGGCCACCAGUUCCUCCUCGUCGGCAUCGGGCCACUCCGGUGAAGAAGGGUAUCAACGUUUCUCUAAUAUCUAUGAGCAAGUGCAGCCAGCACCGAGCACCCAGCCAAAGGAAGAUGCGACUGCCACGCCCUUCCAGCGCAGUGCGCCCAUCUACUGGACGCUGCAGAGUCGACGCAGCCAGCCAAGGCCACAGCCGACUGGCAACGUGACCUGUCGGGAUGACCUCUAUGCCACGCCCAUUCGACGUGCCGACCGAUUGCCACGCCCAGUGGCUGCAGCAGCAGCAUCACCUGCAGCCGAAGGCAACAGGAGCAACAUAUCGCCAAUUGUGCCAAGGAAUCGAGCAGGAGCCUUCCUCACCUCCACGCCCACGAGGAGCGGAGAGGGGGAGCGAGAUCCGGAGAACACCCAACUUCCCCCCAUGAAACAGCCAUCGCGCAACUGGACAGACGAUGCCCCCGAACGCCUCAACACCUGUGCCGAUCGCAUUGGCCAGAGCAAGACCACGCUGAUGGACUUUAAGAAGCUACUGCUGGCCAAGUCCGCCAAGGCGAGUCCUGUCCAACGAAAGGUAUCCGCCGUGGAGCUGCUGAAGAAGUCAACCCCAAGCGCACCCAACCCGCCCCCCGUCUUGAAAUCAACUGGAGCUGGGCAGAAAGUAACAUCCGCUGGAAGCAAACCCACAAUCAACAGCAGCCUCAAGCUGCUGGACCUGAGUGGCUCGCCCAAAACGUUCGCCAACCGGAGGAUGCUGCGCCAGGGACAGUUUGGAUCUCCCUCUAAGACCUUCGCCCCAAAGGUGCGAGGACCAGUGAAUAUGGUAGCUGCUGCAGCAGCACCACCGCGAACGGACAUCAUGUCCACUACGAUUCCAGAGGCGAAUAGCGAGGAGGAUCACUCCAACACCAGCGGAGGAUCAAGGGCCAGCUCUGAGGCGGGCGAGACCACAGCACCCUCAAGUUUCGACCUGAAGCGAAACUUUUUCUUGCAAACCGAGGAGAACAACUUCAUGCGCGGAGAGUUGAAGCCCAGUUUUGCCAGGACAAAUGGAGCAGGAGGAGUGGCUAGCACCGAAGGCAACAAGUAUGUGGCAGCUCCACUGCCAUCCUUCGAAACGGCAUUGUAGAGUGGGUCAAACCCACUGCUGUAGCCAGCGAUUAUACAUAUUCCAUAAGAAAACGAUCAAAUUAUCGAGAUGAGCAAUUCCCUUCCGUAGCCAAGCCGAAACUGCAUUUAUUGACGGACGGAAACGAGUCAAAAGCGAUGCUACUUUAUGCAACAUAUACAUAUAUCACUAUAUAUACACAACACCUUUAUACAAUAAACUGUAUUUUUUAAAUUGUGCUGCUUGUAUAAACGGAGAUGUUUUAUACACGAAUACAAAUCGUCUAUACACCUACAAUAUAUUUAUUUGUAAUUUUACGUUAUUUAUUGCAAUUAUGUAUUACGCUACACGCAUUGCUCUUUGUUUUGUAGUACAACACUUGUACGUCUACGAACUGAUGAGAAUCGCUUAUAAAUUAAACACAUUGGAUAACAUACUUGAUAA